GUAUGUAGUGCAUAUUUGAAAGUGUUCGACGCUUUCAACACUGAAAAUCCUCAAAUCUUUUGAAACUGGUCAGUAGACAUUUUUUUUAUCCCCUCGUGUUUAAACAUUUUUUUCAAAGAUCUUGAAAUAUCCCGAGCUACUUUGAGAUGAUCCAUUCCUCUCGACUUUCAAAGAAAACAAAAUAUUAUCUUCACCUCUCUUACUGAUGGAUAUUUCCCUCCAACUCCCUUCCCGAUACUGAUAGAGAACUGGGCAACAGUACCGUCUUGAAAUGGGUUGGACGAUAGUACGAUUAUUCAUGCGGUAGAAUUGUAUAAUCAAUCUUCCACAUGAACAAAUUAUCUGGAACAUCUGAAUGUACCAGGCACUUGCUCGGUGCACACACCCACCAAACGCGUUUAUUGCAUUGGUAUAGCUGUAUAGUUAUAACUAUAUACAUAGUUAUACCAAUGACUAAAGUACUUUAAUAUCAAAAACUAUUAUGUGCGCUGGUAAAAAUGUAAUGAGCAUGAAUCACGUAGAUACAUAACAGCAAAUUCUGCUUGUACUAAUUCACAAAGUCCCCUUACUGCACCCGGAUUUAAACCGGAUUGAUUAAAUUAUUGUAUUGUAAGUUUCAACGUAUGUGCGUGAACUAUGUAAUCAUUUUAAUAGGUUCAAAUUAAAUUGACAAUAGAUUUCAUUACAUGAAUCCGACGUGCCGGCGAGUGACCGGAUUACACUAUUCUCCACUGUUUAGUUUCAAUGGAUGAAGUUCCCCAAACGAUCAUUCCAAAAGGCAACAUUAUGUUCAACCCCCAUAUUAAUGUAUUACCUAGAGAAUUGUGAUUUCGCUCCUUAUUUGAAGCAUAGGACUCCAAGUGUUUUGACGAGAGAACUCUGUGCCUACAUAUAUCAUUCCAUGUCAUAUUGACCAUUUAGUCACUUUUUUCCCCAAUCUUUUUAAAAUCACAUUAAGUUGUGAUUUGCAUUGUCCUGUACUUGGAGAUACUACAUUUUCCGCGGCACGUUCAGAAUAAUAUUCAUACUGGCGCCAGUCAGGCCGCGGUGCAAUUUCAAAUCCCAUUUUACAUCAGAAGUUUCUAGUGAUAAAAUCUGCCAAUGCGCACCUGAACACGGGCACUCUCAGACAGAAGAAUCAUUGGAACCUAUCCGGUUUUGGUGCGGGGCAACACGGGGGAAUUGGGCACGUUGAGAUGAACAUUUGAAGACGUUUUUCAUUGAUUUUAAUGCUUUCCAAUUCACAGAAUGAUAGGAAACGCGCGCAAAUGUGAAACUAUGAUAUUGAAUAAAAUAGACUAAAAGUUAUUCAGCCUAUUGCGUUCCCUUCAUCUUAAGCGAAAUUGUGACAUGUGGAGUAUUACAUACCUACAAUAUGUACAAUAACUCCAAAGAAUGCAUUUAAAAUACGUUAAAUUAGUAAUUUGGGACAGCAAAUUAAAGUCCAUAAUUCUUUGUAACAAGCGCAAUUGAAGUGAAUAACAAUGUUUGGGGUGUCAAGGAGUAUACAAUGAAGUAUCUUCAAUGGCUGGUAUGGAAAUACGCUGAUCUGCAAUGCUUUUUUAUUGUUGAUGACAUUCUCAUUAAAGCGAAAUUAUUGCAAUCUGAGUAAACAGCCGGGAAAAAUGGCUCUUUCCCCACAUGCCACAAAUGGCACGUCCACACAUUUAAAUACGCAAUCUGAACCAGCACUGCCAGCGUACAACUUUAUUCCCUGCACUUCCACUGUGAGUGAAAAGGAAAAAAGGUGAGGUCUUCUGCAGAAUUCUUCACGUAUAGGUACACGUUUGCAGCUUUGCAUUCACUCCGUAUUUAAAAGAUGAACGUCUCUCGUGUAUUGUAAACUGUUAUUUAUUUAUAUCACUUUAUUAAUCUUACGGGGUUUUUUUGCGUAUCCUUUGCUAACUUUUUUUCCGAAAAAGGUCUGAGGAACCCGCACAGUCGCUGACGCUGCGCUGACAGUUUUUUCUCCCCACUUCAUAAAUAAAUAGAUUUAAUAAAAAACACAUCAAGUGGCCUGCACUUAAAUUGCUUCGUGCAGGUCCUAACCCUCAUCCAAAGCGACAUGUAAAAAUGAAGUCAUGCCGAAAACUAUUUUCACAGUACAAAAAGCAUAAUUCGCAGAUCAUAAAAUAACGACGGAAUAAUGUUGAAUUGCGGAAAAAAAAACCCCGCACCAAAUAAGUGGCGUGGGAGUAUUGCUUAUUUACAGUGAAAUUACUUUUUCCUCCUCUUGUCUGCUAAUGAUCAUGAUUUCGGCAAGAAAUCAAAGUUCACAAACAAUUUAAGUGGAUCCUUAUUCUUUGCAAAUUUGCUCUCCCCUGUCCACAUCAUCCUCCGUCCAAAAAUGGGGAAGGGGUGGAUGGAUGCUUGAUAGCAACACGCAAACUAACUGUGCAAUGAGAUCAUCUUGCAAUUUGCCAUCAUUGCCAUUAGGACUCAGGUGAUUAUCCUAAUUAAUGUCUGUCUAAUUAAAUUACUGUCAGCUGCUAACCAAUAGCAAGCGUCGUUUCAUUAGUUGUGCAACCGGAGAGAUCAAAAGCGAGUCCUUCGUUACUACUGCAAACUGUCAAUUGGCCAAUUGCUUUUGGGAGAAAAAAAUCGAGUACAAGCCCUUUGUGAGUGUUUAAAGAAUUGCUUUCAAGCGGGUUGGGUUGUUUCCUCCCCUCGCUGUUGCUGAGGGGUUUUUGUAGGGCGAAGUACUUGUUUGUGAAGCUAUGCAGUUGGAGCAUUGUUUAUCAUCAUCUAUAAUGCUAUCGAAGAAAUUUUUGAAUGUGAACAGCACUUAUCCCAACAGCGAGCUUACUCUGCACGAUCCCAUCAUCUCGGCCACUGAUAGCCUGGAGAGAGGUUCACCUCUGAAAAAAAUUACCAGGGGAAUGACGAAUCAAUCAGACGCAGAUAAUUUUCCCGACUCCAAGGACGCGUCGGGGGACGUCCACCGAAGCAAGCUCUCUCCUGUUUUGGACGGAGUCUCUGAAAUUCGUCAUAAUUUCGAUGGAUCAGCGGCAGAGAGAUACAUCCUGUCACAGUCGAGCCAAGCACAGCAACCGACUGCUACUCCGAGUGCUAUGUUCCCUUAUACCGGCCAGCAUGGACCCACACAUCCUGCGUUUUCCAUCAGCAGUCCGAGUAGAUACAUGGCUCACCACCCCGUGAUCACAAAUGGAGCCUACAAUAGCAUUCUCUCCAAUUCCUCUCCCCAAGGCUAUCCGGGAUCUGGUUACCCUUAUCCCCAGCAGUAUGGACACACCUACCAAGGAGGACCUUUCUACCAAUUUUCUUCUGGUCAGCCAGGGCUAGUUCCCGGCAAAGCCCAGGUGUAUUUAUGUAACAGGCCGCUAUGGCUUAAAUUCCACAGGCAUCAAACGGAAAUGAUCAUCACCAAGCAAGGCAGGCGGAUGUUUCCAUUUCUGAGUUUUAACAUAUCUGGCCUAGACCCGACGGCACAUUACAACAUCUUUGUUGACAUCAUUUUAGCCGAUCCAAAUCACUGGCGAUUUCAGGGAGGCAAAUGGGUGCCUUGUGGAAAAGCGGACACCAACGUACAAGGUAAUAGGAUUUACAUGCACCCAGAUUCGCCAAACACCGGCGCUCAUUGGAUGAGGCAAGAGAUUUCAUUCGGAAAAUUAAAACUGACCAACAACAAAGGGGCAUCAAACAACAACGGCCAGAUGGUGGUUCUGCAGUCUUUACACAAAUACCAGCCAAGGCUACACGUAGUGGAAGUGAACGAGGACGGAGCGGAGGAUUCUAACCAGCCGGGCCGAGUACAGACCUUUACCUUUCCAGAAACACAGUUUAUCGCAGUCACAGCGUAUCAGAAUACAGAUAUUACGCAGCUGAAAAUAGACCACAAUCCAUUUGCCAAAGGAUUCAGAGAUAACUAUGACACGAUCUACACGGGCUGCGAGAUGGACCGGCUCACCCCGUCUCCCAGCGACUCUCCCCGCUCGCAGAUCGUGCCGGGCACCCGCUAUGCGGUCACCCAGUCCUUCCUGCAAGAACAGUUCGUCAACAACUACGCCAAAGCCCGCUUCCACCACCACGGUGGACCAGGGCCGGGGGGAGGAGAGCGCAGUGUGCCACACACCAACGGGUUGCUGUCUCCACAGCAGCAAGCGAGCGAUGAAGCGGCCGCCCCGUCGCCCCAGCGCUGGUUCGUCACCCCGGCCAACAACCGCCUCGACUUCUCGGCUUACGACGCCGACUUCGCCGGCAACGCGCUGCUGUCUUACGGGGUGGGGGUGAAGGCGCUGCCCCUCCAAGCCAGCAACCGCCCGCUGGGCUACUACCCCGACCCGUCGGGCUGGGGGGCGCGCAGCCCGCAAUACUCGUGUAAAGCCAGCUCCGUCUUGCCCUGGGGCCGAGGAGCUUCCACCAACUCGUAUCUGGAGGAGGCGGCGGCGGCGGCUGCAGCGGCGGCGGCCGCCGCAGCCGAGGGCCUGGGUCCGGUUCCGGGAGCUGGCGGCAACGACCGCUCGACCCUGUCGGGCGGAGCCGAGGACACGAAAGGCAAGGAGUUGCCCGACGCCGCCUCUUGGAUCGAGACGCAGUCUACCAUCAAGACAAUGGACUCGGGGGCGGACGCCGGCAUCUACGAGCAGGUGAAGAGGAGGCGUAUGUCGACUGACGCCCAGCCGCCCGCCCCCGCUCCCCCCGAGAGCUCGUCCCCUCUCAAGAGCGAGGCGCUGCCCCCCCGAGACUGCGAGAAGAACUGUGCCAAGGAGAUGGCUUUCUACGGUUUCUACUCUCAUGCCUGAAGCCCCCUCCCUCCCACCCCCCUUUCCUGCCUGGCGGAUAGGACCCACAUGCUCUCCAGAUCUCCCCACCUUCCAAGUUCUACCAAUUCUCCACUACAUCAUUCCAGAUCUCCCCAACCCUUAGAUCCCUGAGAUUACUAGAUCCAUAGCCAUUCCAGAUCUCCAAUUCCUCCCUGGAUCUUACCCAGAUCUCCAGACACCGCCCCCCCCUCCACAUACACACACACACACACACACACACACACACACACACACACACACACACACACACACACACACACACAC